AUGAUUGCACGUAAAGCAGGAGCGGCCCUAGCAGCCGGUUGCACCAUGGUAAUCAAACCAUCUCCAGAGACGCCAUUAUCAGUGCUUGCAUUAGCAGCAUUGGCCGAGGAAGCCGGAUUUUCCAAGGGGGUUUUCAACAUUCUGACAACAAGCUUGAGCAACACUCCGAGCCUCAGCGAAGCCCUCUGUCGCCACCCUCUUGUCAAGAAAGUCACAUUCACAGGCUCUACAAGGAUAGGCAAGCUCGUGGCUAGAAUAUGCUCCGAUGGUUUGAAGAAAGUCACUCUAGAACUUGGCGGCAAUUGCCCCUUUAUCGUGUUCGACGAUGCCAACCUGGAUCAAGCAAUAGAUGCGCUGAUGAGCUUAAAAUGGAGGAAUGCUGGACAGGCGUGCAUCAGUGCCAACCGGGUGUACGUUCAGUCUGGUAUCUACGAAAAGUUCGCCGCGAUGGUGAAAGAUCGAACCUCAAAGCUUGUCGUGGGCCACGGUAGCUCUCCAAACUCUACAUUGGGUCCCGUCACAACACCUCAGUCUCUAGAUCGAGCAAUAGCACAGGUCGAAGACGCCAAAACACAUGGCGCGCGGAUCCUAUUGGGAGGAGAGAAGGUGAAUGGCGCGUCUGGAUACUUCUUCCAACCAACUAUUAUAGCGGAUGCAACAAAGACCAUGCGUGUGGCUGACGAAGAGACGUUUGCACCUAUUCUGUCUUUAUUCAAGUUCAAAUCGGAGAUCGAGGCUGUUCAAGCUGCGAAUGAUACAUCUAUGGGCUUAGCCUCCUACGUUUUCACCAAGAACCUAGACAGGGCAUGGAGGCUCAUGGAGGACCUCGAGGCUGGCAUGAUUGGACUGAAUACAAGUGCUGAAUCGCCGUUUGGUGGAAUGAAGGAAUCUGGAUAUGGGAAAGAGGUGGGCAAGGACGUUGCAGUAGAUGAAUACCUAAUCACGAAAGCUGUUUCCGUGGGAUUGGAAAGCCGGCUUUGA